CCUAUGAACAGUAUGAACUAAUAUUGGCUUUACCGCGAAGCAUGUCUUAAAAGAUCUUAUUUUUAUAUAAAUCAGACUUAUGUUUUCUAUAGAUCUAGUUAUACUCAGAGAUCUAUCUAGAGCCUACUAGAGGAAAACUUCUUUAGAAAACAAAAGACGAGCCUAAGAAAGCGAUGUAUAAGAGUUAUUCAGUAUCAGUCUUGUUUAUGCCUAUUUCACUUCAAACAUACGACCAUUCUUUAUGAUCACUUACAAGAAUUCCCACCUUACAGACAUAUAAUAGAAACUUCUCGCAAAUGAGACGAAUUAUGAUGAUGCUUUUUAUUAAACAAGUCUCUUUGUGUGAAAGAUUUUGAACAGGAUAGGACCUCAUCUUUUUGUUGUGACCAAACUUCAAAAACAUCUGUUGGACUUAAGAGAUGCCACAGAGCCAAAUAGACUAAAAAUGAAUGGGCAACAUAAUCCAGAUACAAAUGACAAACAGAAAAAUCGUAAUAGGAAAGAAAGAAUUAUAAAAAAAAUAAAGAUAAAAUCAUAAAGUCUGAUUUAUUGGAUGCUAUUGAAAUAGUUAAAGAAAUAAAAGAUGAUGUAACAUCAAACAUCAAAAAAGAAAUAAUAUCAGAAAUAAAAGAGAAUAUACCAUCCAAUGUCAUGGAAGAAAUACCCUCCUGUGUCAAAGAAAUAAAAGAAGAAUUUCCAUCAAAUACAAAAGAACAUAAAGUAAAGCACAGAAAAAAAAUGAGAGAAAGUAUGAAACUACAUAAGAAAAAGAGCAAGGACAUUAAAGAAAACUCACAGAACUUUGCUGAACAAACUGUCAAAAGGAUGAAGAUGAACAUUAUGCCAUCAAACACAUUGAAAAAACAACUGUUAUCUAGUCAACCAUCUAAACACUGUCUAAUUAAAGAGAUGGAAUAUCUGUGCAAGAUCUGCAACUUGUUGUUAACAAGUCUAAAGCAGUACAGAAAACAUUGCCGUAAAGAGCACGGAGAAAAUAAUCAGUAUGACAAAGAAAUGUCUACUCUUCAAUUGAAAGACAUUUCUUGGUCUCAUCCUUUCCCUAAAAUAACCGACACAAGUGACGAUGUUAAGCCAAGAAAGAUUAGAAGAUUGGAAACUGUGCAUGAUGAUAAAAAAGUUGCUGAUGAACUUUUAGAUGAUAAAAGGAUACAUAAAGUGAUGCAAAAGAAAGAAAUGAAUAACCCCGAGUAUGUGGCAGUUAAUGAGGAAGCUGAGGUGCCAAUGAAAGAUAAACCAAUUAAAGAACUGAUGUAUGCAUGUGAACUAUGCAAUGUGUUAAAGAAAUCUUACAAAAGAAUGAGAAGACAUUACAGCAAAUGUCAUGAAGAGAUUUCUCUUUAUGAGUGCAAUAGUUGCAAGUUUUUGACUCAUGAUAAGAUUGUCUUUCAAGAACAUUUAGCACAACCACAUCAGGACAUCUCAGAAGCACAUCAAGACAUUGCAGAAAUAUUGCCAAGUCAACAGAAAGCCAUUGUCUUAAAUCAACAUGAACAAACCAUUGACAACAGCAUAUCAGGUGAUCAAAAGAGAAAGACAACAAAAAUAGCUGAUGUCUCAGUUGCAGAACUCGGCUAUGAAUGUAAAAUCUGCAAUGUGUUAAAGAAAUCUUACAAAAGACUGAGGAGACAUUACAGCAAGUGUCAUGAAGAGAUUUCACUCUAUGAGUGUAACAAUUGCAAGUUUCUUACUCACAAUAAGACAAUAUUUCAUGAACAUUUAUCAGAAUCACAUCAGAACAAUACAGCAGCUCACCAGGAUAUCUCAGAAGCACAUCAAGACAUAGCAGAUAGACCUGCAGAAUUAUCAUGUAAACAAAAAACAAAAGCCUUAAAUCAGGCUGAGCAAAGCAUUGAUAAAAAGUCAGGUGAUCAAAGAAGUAUGGUGGAAAAAAUACCUGAUGUGGCAGAACUUGGCUAUGAGUGUAAAAUCUGCAGUGUAUUGAAGAAAUCUUACAAAAGAUUGAGGAGGCACUACAGCAAGUGUCAUGAAGAGAUUUCUCUUUAUGAGUGCAAUAGUUGCAAGUUUUUGACUCAUGAUAAGAUUGUCUUUCAAGAACAUUUAGCACAACCACAUCAGGACAUCUCAGAAGCACAUCAAGACAUUGCAGAAAUAUUGCCAAGUCAACAGAAAGUUAUUGACUUCAAUCAAGUUGAAGAAACCACGGAUGACUGCUUAGCAACUGAUCAAAGGAGAGAUGACAGUAUGACAAACCAAUCCUUGACUGAUGUCACAGCGGGAGAACUGAAAUAUAAAUGUAGUGUUUGCAGUGUGUCCAAGACAUCUCACCAACAACUGAUGAGACAUUCCAGAAAAAGACACAAAGAAAAGGAAUUGUUGGAGACACAACAUUCCAUGUCUCAUCCUUUGAGUUCAUCAACAGAGACAAUGGAAGACUUGAAGCCAGAUGGAAGGAUGGGAUUACAAGGUGGACAGGAGAGACAUUAUAUCAAAAACACAUUACUAGGUCAAGAGAAGCCCAUUGACUUCAAGCAAGUGAAACAAUGUUAUGACACAAUGGGAGAUAACCUGUCAAAAGAACUGAAAUAUAAAUGUAGUGUUUGCAGUGUGUCCAAGACAUCUCACCAACAACUGAUGAAACAUUCCAGAAAAAGACACAAAGAAAAUGAAUUGUUGGAGACACAACAUUCCAUGUCUCAUCCUUUGAGUUCAUCAACAGAGACAAGGGAAGACUUGAAGCCAGAUGGAAGGAUUGGAUUACUAGCUCUACAGGAAAGACAUUAUAUCAAUAACACAUUACUAGGUCAAGAGGAAGGUAUUGACCUGUAUCAUGUGAAAAAAACAAGUUAUGGCACUGUGAAAGGUAACCAGCCAGAUGAUAAGUUUAUAAAUUUAUAUCAGGCUCAACAAUCCAAGAAGACUAUCUAUAGUCGAAAAGUGUCUUUUUGUAAAAGUUUUUAUAGUUCAGAUACUUUUAUUGACAAAAUGAAAGUUUCAUCAAAUUGUGAAGGUACAAAUUUAGUUAAAAGAGGAGGAUUUUAUAAAUGUUUAUCUUGUGAAUAUAGAUCAGAAUAUAAAAAAGGGAUGUUAGAACAUAUUAAAAUUCAUACACAUGGGGGAAAACUAUUUAAAUGUCCUUUAUGCCGUUAUGCCGCAACUUUUGAUUGGAACUUAACAGUCCAUAUGAUGAUACACACAAGUGGAUCAUUUCAAUGUGAAAUAUGUGACUACAGUAGCAAAAUUAAAGCUAAUUUUCUGAGACACAUUAGAAGUCAUACAGGAGAAAAACCAUAUAAAUGUCCUUUUUGCAAUCACGCAUCAAGCACAAGUAAUUCUUUAACAGUUCAUAUAAGAAGACACACCAAUGAAAGACCAUUUCAAUGUGAUAAAUGUGAAUACAAUAGUAAUAAUAAAAGUAGUUUGAUUAGACACAUUAGAAGUCAUACAGGAGAAAAACCAUACAAAUGUCCUUAUUGCAAUUACUCUUCAACCACAAGUGAUUGUUUGACUGUUCAUAUUAGAACUCACACCAAUGAAAGGCCAUUUCAAUGUGAAAUAUGUGACUACAGAAGUAAAAGUAAAAUGACUUUGGUGACACACAUUAGAACACAUACAGGAGAAAAGCCAUUUAAAUGUGUACAUUGUAGUUAUUGUUCUUCUCAGAAAGGUAGUUUGAAACGACAUGAAUUGAAGAAACAUGGAAAAUAA